UGGAACUUUAGUCAUAGGAGGGUGCGACUGUGUACACUAAGAUUAAAACUGAAAAGACAGAUUCAGUCUUGGGAUUUAUUAGCAAUAUCUAGCUAUCAGUAGAGAAUAACUUUAACAUUUUGCCAUACAUUUUUUGGGAAAAAAUUGUUAAGAUUCUCCUUAGAUAUAUAGGAAUCACACACCCACCGAAGAAAUCUGCAAUUCUUUUUUUCAUAGUGUCAAACAACGCAGAAAUAAUCCUUCUUCGUCUAGAGGGGGUUUUGUCAUGAUUUUGCCAAUUUAUGUUUGAUUCCCAGUAAUUUAUCAUUUUAAAAUCCACUGCUGGAAUGUUUUGGAAACCUAAAGCUACGACUUAAAGAGGGCAGAAAUUAUGUACAGUGUUCUCUGCACGGUUGCUCUGUUAAUCAUUGGAGAUGGUCUCUUUUUACACACAUAUGGCCAGAUUACACCCUGUGAUAUCUCCUGCUUUAAUGUAAGUGCUUCCCUCAGUGACACACAAGUCUACACAGAAGACUGUGUUUUUGAACCAACACCUCCUGUUUUAUCCUCUGCUGGGUCACACAAUAUAACAUUAAGGUGGAAUGCAGCAAAUAUAUCAGAAGUAACAUACAUAAUUCAGAGUAAAUAUGUCAGCAUUCCAGGGGAAUGGGAAUAUACCCAGCCAAUAACAGAAACAUCAUUUACUGUGACUAACCUGCAGCCCUACACUGAAUAUUGGUUUAGAGUAAUAUGGAUCAUUUGUCAUAUGCAGUAUUAUUCUACAGCUAGCCCUGCCUACAGGACACUUCCAGAUGGAGUACCUUCAGUUGCACCACGGAUUGAGACUCUUUACAGCUCUAGCAGUGACACAAUUGAGGUUAGUUGGCUUCCACCACUAUUCCCAAAUGGAAGAAUUACUGGAUAUAAUCUAAACCUUUACACUGCGGGUGAAGAACAAAGACACCUUUCAGUGGCUGAGAGACAGAACUUCCAGUUUUACGGAACAAAAGAAGCAACAAUGUACAGAUUUUUCAUCACUGCUGUAAAUGAGCAAGGAGAAGGACCUGCAGCAGAGGCUAAUAUUACUACCGCAGGACUACCAGAUCCAGAUAAGUCACAGUGGCUUUUUCUGUCUAGAAACAACACUCUCAAAAAGAGGGAUAAUCUGGAGGAAUUUCUGCAUGAAGCUCAGUGUCUUACAGCACCAGGCAAAAUCAGCAGUGUUUCUGCUAAUGUCUAUGACCAAGUGGUCUACUUUUCAGAGAAAAAUCAUAUUUGGAUGAAAGGAACUGCAAACAUGUCAGAUUAUUCUGAUUUUGGCACUAUCUAUACUGGUUCUGAAAGCAUAACUUCACUAUGUGUAGAUUGGUUAUUUCAUAAGAUCUAUUUCGUUAUGGACAGUCAGAUAUAUAGUUGUGAUUUAUUAAACUGCAUAGCUGCUUAUAAGAUGCCAUUACAAGAAGUUUUCAAGCCCAAGAAGAUUGCAGUCGAUCCAUAUAACGGGUACUUAUUCCUUCUUCUGGAUGAUGGUAUUCACAGAAUGGUCCUCCCUCAUUCUCUACUUCAUAGUAAUAUCACAGAGCAUAUUGUAAAUAGCACUGACAUCCUUGACUUCAUGGUCAGUGUUCAGUCCAAGAGGCUGGUUUAUCUGAAUAGCUCUCGCCCAGGGAUUUUCUACCUAGCGUCUGUUUUUCUGGAUGGAAGUAAUGAUCAUCUCUUUCGAAAAAUAGAAGAUACCUCAAUUAAGGAAAUUAUAAGCUUCCUUUAUUUCGACAACUCCUUGAUGUUCACAGAUGGAAGUGUUGUGUUUAAAGAGGAAGUAUUUUCUGAUAAAUACUGGUACAAUGAAUAUUUAGUAUAUUGUGACUUGGCUGCUCCACCAUUAGCUGGAUUUAAUAACAUGAUUUUGUAUGGAAAGUCAUCUCAGCCUAUUCCUCUGCCUGGCAGCCCUGAGCAUGUGAUGGUUGUGUUUGGACCUCAGUCUGCUGCAGUUCUAUGGAAGCCACCAAAACUGACUGUUGGAGCCAGUGCUGCUUCUUGGCAGAGGUGGACGUACAGUGUUUCAAUAUCGAUGGAAAAACUUGGGAUGCAAAAGGUCUUCACCAAUAUCACGUCUACAAACAUGAUGGUGGCUAAUCUAAACAUAUCAACCAAGUAUGAGAUAAUUGUAAGGGCAUCAUCACCUGCUGGGGAUAGCCAGUGGACAAACCCUGUGGAAGGAACCACACUAGACACAGUGGAAGAAGAGUCCUAUUUCCUAGCAGUUGGCUCCGAUGGAUUAUGGAAACAACCUUUGGACAAGUUCGGUCCUGUAGAAGUUGUCAACAAAAACCUCAGAUUUGCAUCCGAUCUCGACUGGUACAACAGCACCCUCUACUGGAGCAAUGUAACAGGACAUGUCCACAUGUGGAAUAUCAAUGGCACAGCUGAAUUUUCCUUUUUGUGCAUACCUGGAAUAAAAAGAGCUGGCCCUUUGUCAUUGGAUUGGAUUGGACAGUACAUCUACUGGGCUGACAAAGGGAAUGCUAAGAUUCUCAGAACAUCUAUAAAGAAUUUUUUUACUGAAGAAGUUCAUGUUGGACGGCGUCUCAUUACUGAUGUGACAGUGGACUCGGUUAAUGCUUUUCUGUAUUGGACAACGGAUUACACAGUGGAGACCUGCAGACUGAAUGGGCAGGAGCAUCUUAUCAUUCAAAACCUUACUGUAUUUUCCAGUACUCAAGUUGUGGCACUGGCGUUGGACUUUAAACAAGGAUGGCUUUACUGGCUUGUAAAGGAUGGACUCAUUAUAAACUUGUACAGGACAAAUAUACGAAAAGAUGGAUCUAAUGAAGUAAAAAUCACAGAAUUUGCAUCAUGGAGUUUAUCUCAAAUUUCCCAGCAUGCCCUCAUUUUCUAUAGUGACCGAAUAUUUUGGAUAAAUGGGCAGAAAUACAUCACAGUCCAAGAACUUAAUCAAAGUACAUGUACACCAUUUUCCCAGCCUGGGGAGUUUACAGGCUUUACACUCGCUGGAAACAACCUUCAGAAGUUUCCAGAGAAUUUCUCACAUACACCUGAAGUGAUCCCUGACCUCAUCCCCACUUCUUCUUUUGAAAUUAGAGGAAAUUAUUCACAUUUUGUCAUUUCUUGGAAGGGGCCAUCAAAUUUGGAAUAUGGACUAUUGUUCUUUUGUGUGGAAUCCACAGUGCUACACCAAAUGCUUGGAGAAAGUUCUGACUUCUGCCAAAACUCUGAAAAGCUUACGGAUUCAUUCUAUACUGUAGAGGGGUUGGAGCCAUACUCAGAAUUUGACUUUGCUGUAACUCCUUUUACAUACUGGGGAAAAGGACCUUCAACAUCAUUAACCCUUCGAUCACCACAAGGAGUCCCUUCUGCACCUCUGAGUCCACGUGUGUAUUCUGUAGGAAAUUCAAGCUUGUUUGACAUAAAAAGUAUCGGAGUGGAAUUAAGAUGGGAUGACCCUAAUAGGAGCAAUGGCGUUUUGAUAAAUUACACAAUUGCAUAUACAUUAACACAUGGAAGUGAAUAUAAUGAAACAGAUGAUAUACCGAUAACACUUAACAUUACAGCUUCUACAAAAUCAUACACUCUUUAUGACCUUGGUCCUGAGGUUCUACUUCGGUUUCAGGUGCAAGCUUAUACUUCUGUUGGACCUGGGCCAUUUUCUAAUAUGGCAGAAGCGCUUAUCUCAGAUAUUCACCCUGCUCCGACUCUUAUUGGUAUCUCUUCUAAACAAAUCUCUUUCAAUGAUCUGGACAGAAAUGAUAUUCUGUGGAAUAUUACUACAGAGGAGAAUAUAAAGUUGGCUUCCUACAUAGCCCUUGAUGGAGGUCUUUAUUUUCUGCUUAAUGAUGCAAUCUUUUUGGGAGAUACUAAAAGCCAUUCUACACUUCUGUUAUUGGAAGAUGAACGUUUCUCAGGCGCUCGAAGCAUGGCAGCAGACUGGAUAGCAAGACGUAUAUAUGUAACUGUACAUUCUGCACAGAAUGGUACUGAGUUCUUCUUUCUUGACCUGGAGCAUGAGAAGAAAAAUCUCAAACCCAUUGACACAUCUCUGAAAUUAUCCAACCUGACCAUAGAUGCCAUAGCGGUUUACCCUCUGCUUAGCCGCUUGUACUGGAUAGAACACUGGGAAACGGGUAGUGGCAUAUCAUAUUAUGAUAUUUUAAACACCACAAUAGUAUAUGUUUUGGGACAAUAUGAUCAGAAAGAUGUUGCUAGAGCAACUGGUUGUGAUUGUUAUAUCAAGAGCUUGAAAUUAAUGACUUUGGAUACAACAAAUACCAGCGGCUCACUGAUAUUGUUCUUGUGGAAUGAAACAAAUAUCUGGGCCUCCGACAUGGAUGGAUGUCAUUGUUGGAAUGUGAUUAACGUACCGCUUAUGUCUGCAAAUUUCACAAUUACUAGCCUGACAGUAGAUGACUAUUUUAUAUACUGGAGUGUUGAAGAUGAUGAAAAAACAAGCAUAUAUGGAGCAAGAAAAAAAGAUCUCAUAGUCACUUUAUUGCAAAUUUUUCCUGAACAGCAUGUCAAAGUUAUAGCAUACAGCACAUCUUUGCAACACUUUCCAGACAAAGAAUGCCUGGUGCUGGCAUUAUUUACCUCUAUACCAGUUGUACUGAACUCUACCAAUACCAGCCUAACCUUACUACUGCCUCCAGUUAGUUAUAAUUUAGGCUGCCCUUUAAUAAUGAGCAGCACGCCAACAUACAUAGUAAAAUCUAGAAAACUCGAAGAUGGCAAACGUAAGGAGCAUGUCAAGUCUGCAAAUAUCAUCAGUAGAAGCACACAAGAAUUUCAGAAUCAGAUUGCACUUAUCCAUGGGUUACAACCUUUCUCAGAUUAUGAAAUGGAAGUGAGCGUGACAAACUAUUACUCGUUUUUGCUUGCUGAACUGCCAAGAAAUCUUCUUGUUACUGGAAAAACUGAUUAUGGUAUUCCAGAAGCAGUUUCAUUCAUAAAUGUGACAGUUUUAUCAGACGCAUUAGUUAAUAUAACUUGGGUAGAAGCCUCCAAGCCAAAUGGUCCACUUGAUUUAAUCCGAUAUCAGAUCAAAGUAGACAAUUCACCUCCAAGUCCUUCUGUACCAUUAAGACAAAGAGAAUUUCCAGAUGAAAAACUUUUGUGGACUUUUAAGAAUCUUAAAAGUGGAACUAAUCAUCAAUUCAAGGUCCUUGCAUUUCACCCAGAUGAGAACUGGUACACUGAAAGUACUGCCAUUUAUGCCAGAACAUUUAAGUCACCCGCACCUCCACAUAAUAUAGUUUCAGGGAAUAUCAGUUCAGUGAUGGAAUGGACAGCUCCAGAAGAGCCCAUACAAGAAUUCUGGUUUGAAGAAAAUAAGGUAAAAUUGGGAACCCAGUAUAAACCUAUGGAUGUAUCCUGCAGCACAGGCAGAUCUAUCUAUAUCUGCACAGCCACAGGACUUGUUCCCAAUGCUAAUUACAACAUACGCACUGCAGUGGUUUUUACAACUGGAGCUCAAAGUGUGUCUAGUCCAACAAACUUCAAGACUGCAGCUGGGGUCCCAGGCAAAUCAGGAGUUCCACAGAUUGUUCCUGGAGAUAAAAGCACCAUCCAGUGGAAGAUGGGUGAUGAUAAUGGAAGUAACCUGACUUAUAAUAUUUUAGAGUAUAGGGAGGUGGCUUCUGGUGCCAAAGUGACAGAGCCAUGGACGCUGGCAUACAAGGGCUCUUGCAGUAACAUUUGCAUAUGGAAGUCUAGGACAAUGAGUGGAACAUUCCAAUUCAGAGCAGUGGCAGCCAACCUUCUAGGGCUCGGAGAUUUCAGCGACACUAGUGAAAAUAUUUUGUUACAUAAAGAGAAUGGUUCUUCCAAUGUGGUUGCAAUAGUUGUUGGCUGUGUUUUAGGCUUCCUUCUGGUCCUGCUUCUGGUAGCUGCCAUUGUGGCCUACCGGAAAUUCAAGCAGAAGUCUAUUGACAAGAAAGAUGAAAUAUGUAUUAUUUAUGAAGACAAAGAACUUGCUAAACUUCGAGGGUUGUCCUAUGCAGUUGGAUUGGCAAAUGCAUGUUAUGCUGUCAGUACUUUGCCAACAAAAAGUGAAAUGGAGAACUUACCUAGCUUUCCUCGGGAGAAUUUAACCCUCUGUGAUUUCUUGGGAAGCGGAGCCUUUGGUGAAGUGUAUGAAGGAACUGCUAAAGAUAUUCUAGGGCCUGGGACCGGGACCAGCAAAGUAGCAGUCAAGACUCUGAAGAGCGGUGCAACUGAUAAUGAGAAGGUGGAAUUUUUGAAAGAGGCCCACUUGAUGAGUCAGUUCCAUCAUCCUAAUAUUCUGAAGCUACUUGGAGUCUGUCUUUUUAAUGAGCCUCAGUACAUGAUCUUAGAAUUAAUGGAUGGUGGCGAUCUACUUUCAUACUUAAGAGGAGCACGACCAAAUACUAUGUAUGAAGACCCAUUGCUUUCUUCCAUGGAUCUUCUUGACAUAUCACUUGACAUUUCAAGAGGAUGUGCUUAUUUGGAGAGAUUACAUUUUGUACACAGAGACUUGGCUGCCCGCAAUUGCUUGAUUUCGGUGAAAGAAUACAAUGACCCAACAAGAACAGUGAAGAUUGGGGAUUUUGGACUUGCUAGAGAUGUAUAUAAAAGUGACUAUUACAAAAAGAAGGGAGAAGGACUUCUGCCUGUCCGAUGGAUGGCUUUGGAAAGUCUUAUUGAUGGGAUCUUCACCAAUCGCUCUGAUGUAUGGUCUUUUGGGGUUCUUUUGUGGGAGCUCUUUACAUUGGGUCAGCAGCCUUAUCAAGGUUAUUCAAACAUGGAGGUUUUACAUUAUGUACGCUCUGGAAGGAGAAUAGAUUCUCCUGAUAACUGCCCUGAUGACAUCUGGGACCUGAUCCUAAAGUGUUGGAUGCAAGAUCCGAUAAAGAGACCAAGCUUUAGUCAUAUUCAUAAACAGCUUGAAGAGCUGAAAGGCUGCUCUUUAAGAUGCACUCGGCCCAAACAGAAAAUGAUGAACUUGGAAGGCAUUAUUAAUCCAGGCUUUGAAGAUACAGAUGUUGGCAUUCUGGGUUCAGCUUCAGAAGACACUGGAUCAGUGACCCUCACAGAAGCAAGGAAUGCGGAUGGCCUCAAUUAUCUAAUGGUGACUACAUAAGUCGGUAUACUUGGAAAAAAACAAAAAAAAAAUCCCUGUUUUAAGAAUUAUAUAAAAGCAAAGCCUUGAACACUUCCUUUAGUGAAUAUAACAGGCCAACAAUGGUAAUGGCUACCGUGUGGAUGCUGAAUACUGAAGAAUUUGAAGUCAUGUGAGGAUGUAAAUUGAUGGCUUCAGUCAAAUGCCUUCAUUCUGUCUUUAAAGAAGAUAUUGGUACAUAGUAAAAACAUGUUUGAAUGACCCAUAUUGCUUAAAAAAACGAUUUAAUAAAAUAAACUGUGUUCGUAUUUGAAAUAUUA